GAAGUGACCGCCCUUUGCCACUCCCCCUGCCUCCUCUCCGCCUUUAACUUCUCGGGAAGAUGAGGCAGUUUGGGAUCAGUGGCCGAGUUUCUGUUGCCGGGUGAUAGUUGGAGCAGAGACAUAGCAUAAUGGCAGAAACUGUUUCUCCACUGAAGCACUUUGUGCUGGCUAAGAAGGCGAUUACUGCAAUCUUUGACCAGUUACUGGAGUUUGUUACUGAAGGAUCACAUUUUGUUGAAGCAACAUACAAGAAUCCAGAACUUGAUCGAAUAGCCACUGAGAAUGAUCUGGUAGAAAUGCAGGGAUAUAAAGACAAGCUUUCCAUCAUUGGUGAGGUGCUGUCUCGGAGACACAUGAAGGUGGCGUUUUUUGGCAGGACAAGCAGUGGGAAGAGCUCUGUUAUCAAUGCAAUGCUGUGGGAUAAAGUUCUCCCUAGUGGGAUUGGCCAUAUAACCAACUGCUUCCUAAGUGUUGAAGGAACCGAUGGAGAUAAAGCCUAUCUUAUGACAGAAGGAUCAGAUGAAAAAAAGAGUGUGAAGACAGUUAAUCAACUGGCCCAUGCCCUUCACAUGGACAAAGAUUUGAAAGCUGGCUGUCUUGUACAUGUGUUUUGGCCAAAAGCAAAAUGUGCCCUCUUGAGAGAUGACCUGGUGUUAGUAGACAGUCCAGGCACAGAUGUUACUACAGAGCUGGAUAGCUGGAUUGAUAAGUUUUGCCUGGAUGCUGAUGUCUUCGUUUUGGUCGCUAACUCUGAAUCUACGCUAAUGAAUACGGAAAAACAUUUUUUUCAUAAAGUGAAUGAGCGGCUUUCCAAGCCUAAUAUUUUCAUUCUCAAUAAUCGUUGGGAUGCCUCUGCAUCAGAGCCGGAAUAUAUGGAAGACGUACGCAGACAGCACAUGGAAAGAUGCCUGCAUUUCUUGGUGGAGGAGCUCAAAGUUGUAAAUGCUUUAGAAGCACAGAAUCGUAUCUUCUUUGUUUCAGCAAAGGAAGUUCUUAGUGCUAGAAAGCAAAAAGCACAGGGGAUGCCAGAAAGCGGUGGGGCACUUGCUGAAGGAUUUCAGGCAAGAUUACAGGAAUUUCAGAAUUUUGAACAAAUCUUUGAGGAGUGUAUCUCGCAGUCAGCAGUGAAAACAAAGUUUGAACAGCACACUAUCAGAGCUAAACAGAUACUAGCUACUGUGAAAAACAUAAUGGAUUCAAUAAACCUGGCAGCUGAAGAGAAAAGGCAUUAUUCAGUGGAAGAGAGGGAAGACCAAAUUGAUAGACUGGACUUUAUUCGAAACCAGAUGAACCUUUUAACACUGGAUGUUAAGAAAAAAAUCAAGGAGGUUACCGAGGAGGUGGCAAACAAAGUUGCAUGUGCAAUGACAGAUGAAAUUUGUCGACUGUCUGUUUUGGUUGAUGAAUUUUGUUCAGAGUUUCAUCCUAAUCCAGAUGUAUUAAAAAUAUAUAAAAGUGAAUUAAAUAAGCACAUAGAGGAUGGUAUGGGAAGAAAUUUGGCUGAUCGAUGCACCGAUGAAGUAAACGCGUUAGUGCUUCAGUCCCAGCAAGAAAUUAUUGAAAAUUUGAAGCCAUUACUUCCAGCUGGUAUACAGGAUAAACUACAUACACUGAUCCCUUGCCAGAAAUUUGAUCUCAGUUAUAAUCUAAAUUACCACAAGUUAUGUUCUGAUUUUCAAGAGGAUAUUGUAUUUCAUUUUUCCCUGGGCUGGUCUUCCCUUGUACAUCGAUUUUUGGGCCCUAGAAAUGCUCAGAGGGUGCUCCUAGGAUUAUCAGAGCCUAUCUUUCAGCUCCCUAGAUCUUUAGCUUCUACUCCCAGUGCUCCUACCACUCCAGCAACGCCAGAUAAUGCAUCACAAGAAGAACUCAUGAUUACAUUAGUAACAGGAUUGGCUUCCCUUACAUCUAGAACUUCUAUGGGUAUCAUUAUUGUUGGAGGAGUGAUUUGGAAAACUAUAGGCUGGAAACUCAUAUCUGUUUCAUUAACUAUGUAUGGAGCUUUGUAUCUGUAUGAAAGACUGUCCUGGACCACCCAUGCCAAGGAGCGAGCCUUUAAACAGCAGUUUGUAAACUAUGCAACUGAAAAACUGAAGAUGAUUGUUAGCUCCACGAGUGCGAACUGCAGUCACCAAGUAAAACAAAAAAUGGCUACCACUUUUGCUCGCCUGUGCCAACAAGUUGAUAUUACUCAAAAACAACUGGAAGAAGAAAUUGCUAGAUUACCGAAAGAAAUAGAUCAGUUGGAGAAAAUACAAAAUAAUUCAAAGCUCUUAAGAAAUAAAGCUGUUCAACUUGAAAAUGAGCUGGAGAAUUUUGCUAAGCAGUUUCUACCUUCAAACAAUGAAGAAUCCUAACAAUAGAGAUUGCUUUGGUGACCAUGAUGGGAGGAAAUGAAACUUGUAAGAUUGGCACAGUUGUUAUUUUUAUGAAAUGACUUUAAAUAUGAAUUGUACUAACUGUACCUAAAUAGCAAAGCCCUGUGUAGAUUCUGGUAAUGAUCUAUCUCAGGGUAUGUGUAUUUUUGAAGAGUGUUAUGUCCUUAGUUUUAAUUUUGGGUAAAGAAAGGGCUAAAAUCAUGAAUUAGUUACAAGCAACAGUACCAACCUAUGUGACCCCUGAGGGGUGGGGCUGUGAGCUCUUAAUUUGUUUUUGAUUCUGAAAAACUCUGCUUCCUGGCAUCCAGGAGUUAGAGAUUGAGCCUUUCAUCUUCUUUCUCAAAACUAGUUUUUGAUGCUUUCUUUCAUGGGAAUAGUCACUUUUUAAUUUUAUUUAAUAAAUUGCAUUGCUGGAACCACCAAGGAGUGUGGAAUGUCCUUGAGUGUAUUAUUUAUGCAAGUUACAGUCACUUUGCCAUCAUGGCAGCUAUGUGAACCACUAAUAAAUGUACUGUUUUUACUUUUUAUUCCCAUUAAAACUGAUGUGAAACAGGAUAAAAGCUUGUUAUGGUCACUUAUAAGUAUCUGAGUCUAAGUAAUUUCCUUAGAUGUUUCUAAAGAAACAUUUUCAGCUUUGCUCCAAUUAUGAUUACAAUAAGGAAAGCUUUCCUAGUGCAAUUUUAGGAGUAAAGUUUGAAGAGAUAAAAAUAGCCAAAGAUAGGAGAGGUCUGAAUUAUAAAUGAUAACAGUGAUGUUUUAAAAAAGCUGUUCUUCAGGAGGCAUUUGUCUAGGAUAUUGCUGGAUUCUACCCCAUUGGAGGCUUUUAAUUUUAUUUGUAUGAAUUUUCCAGGGUUUCAUUAAAAAUUAUUACUGUAUUUUUUACCUUAAUGAAAGAUUUUGGGUUCAAAUAUCUUUCUAUAUUAAAAGCUGAUUGAGUCUCUCUACACAUGUAAAUUAUGCCUAUUGGAGGUUCUGUUGACUUUCUUCCCCACUGUGGAAGAGGCCAGUUUUGCCUUCAUUUGCAUAUUCAUUUCAGUAUUUCUGAUCAAUAAAUGUAACGUUUACAAAAUUCUCCCUUGAGCUGGUAGAAAUGCCUCACCAGUUUCCUCUUUAAUGAAUCAAAUAAAAUCUUUGAAGUUAAAAAAAAUUGAUUGAAACUCAGAUGGAAUGGAAAUGUACAAAAAUGACACCAUUCUAGGAAUUUGCUAGACAAAAUAUAGGACUACCAGAUCAAUAUCUCCUAGACACUUGUUAGAAAUGCACAAUCCCAGGGAACACAGUACAUUUGGCCACGUGUAGUUUAUGCUUCCUUUUCAUGGGAGGGCUAAAAUUUAAGGCUUUUUUUCUUUAAAUACACAAUCCUUCCUUUUCUAUGCCUUUUAAGGCUUCUAGAUGCUACUCAGACUUUUUACAGCAGGUGCAACUCUAUUUUUCAAGAUAUCUUAGGAGAUAACACGAGGCCAUUGAAGCCUUUCAAAAAUAUAUUUUUAUACAAAUUAACACUAGAAUGCAGUAUACUAAUGCAAAUUAAUUUUGGUGUUUAGCUUUUAUUGCUGAUUUAUAACCGAAGAAAUGGUACAGGUCACAGAAAGUGGGAUUAGGUAACAACUACAACAUGGAAAAACCAUGUCUAAGAUCACGCACUGCUAAUUUAGGUUACAAAGCUCAAGGCCGUAACCUUUAUAUGAAAGUACUUAAACUUGAAAACUCAUAAUGGUUUGGUAUCACCUCAUUAGUAUAAUACAGUGGUUCUCAAAGUUUGGUCGUGGAUCAUCGACAUUACUUCUUUUUCUUUUUCUGAGACAGGGUCUCAGUCUGUCACCCAGGAUGGAGUGCAGUGGCAUGAUCAUGUCUCACUGCAGCCUCAACCUCUCGGGUUUAGGUGAUCCUCCCACGUCACCUUCUGGGUGGCUGGGACUGCAGGCACACGCCACCAUGCCUGGCUAGAUUUUGUAGAGACGAGGUUUCCCCAUGUUGUGCAGGCUGGUCUUGAACUCACAGGCUCAAGUGAUCCUUUUACCUCUGCCUCCCAAAGUGUUGGGAUUACAGGCGUGAGCCACCAUGCACAGCUAUAAUCACCUUCAAACUUACAAGAAGUGUGGAUUCUUGGGUCUGAACCCAGACCUAUGGAGUCAAACAGUAGGUUUGGGGUCCAGCAAUCUAUGGUUUAACAAGCCAUCCAGGUGUUUCUGAUGCACAGUAAAGUUGGGGGCCACUGGUGUAGUAGCUUUGGUAUGGCAACUUUUCCAUCACUUGUUUUAUGUAGUUCUAUCUGAUCAAUUGUGAAAACAUAAUGAAUGUUGGAAAUGGAACAGUAAAAUAAUGAAAGCCAACACUUAUGCCUGGAAAUAUGUGCACCUAUGACCAAGUCCAUGAAUUAUACAGAAAUUAUGUGAUUAUGAGUGAUGUACUUCAAUGUUAUUGCACAUACACUUGUUUACUUUGUAUGUUUGCAGGAUUAAACUUUGUAUAAUCUUUAAAAAAAAUUUUUUUUCACUAUACAAGGUUGCAAGAUGAAAAUAAAACCUGUUUGCCUGAUA